UACAAAUACUUGACUAUGAUGAAAUUUCAGCUUUUAUUGAUUUCCAUUAUGUUAGUGCACCUAAAGCAUAUUGGAGGUUGAGUGAAUACAAAAUGCAAAAUAAGUCGCAUUCUAUUAUUUGCUUACCAGUGCAUUUGCCCGAUGAACACAAUAUUUAUUUUAGUCUCAGAAGCGAAGUUCAAGCCUUAAAUUCCUUAUCAUCUCAAAAUACAAUGCUAACUGCAUGGUUUAAAUUAAAUGAAUAUAAUAUAGAUGCAAGACAAAUUUCAAAAAAACGAGUCAAACAUAUUGAGAAAAUUAUUACUUUAAUGAGAGAAUUGCUGAAUAAUGAUAACAAAUGGAAUAGAUAUAUGAAUGAAGCAAUUCAGUGGCAAAUGCCAAGAAAAUUGAGACAAUUAUUUGCGACCAUAUUAAUUUGGAGUAAUAUUAGCAAUCCUUUGCUGCUUUGGAAUCAAUAUAAAAUAUAUCUUUAUGAAGACUUGCUUCACAAUCAUAGUACUGAAGUCUCUCUGUUUCUUGCCUAUCAAGAUAUCAAUAAGAAAUUAGCACAAUUUAAAAAAUCUCUUAAAACUGAUUUUCAUAUACCAAUACCUAUCGCUACAGAUACAUUUAAUAAUGAGAAACAAAUUGACAGAGACCAAGAAUAUAGAGCUAGUAAAAGAAUGUAUGCUCAAUUAAAUAAUGCUCAAUGGCUUAUAGCUGAUAAAGUUAUAGCUGCAUGGCUUAUUCAUCUUGAAAACAGAACUCUUUUAUUAGUUGAUGAUGAAAUAGAAGUUCUAGCACAAUGUAUUUCGACAAAUAAUUUAGUAACAGACAUUUUUGGUAAUGCUUUGGAAAAUGAAGAUGAGGCCAUCUUACUUUCAACAGUUAUCCUAUACCCAACAAAUAAAAUAAGCCUUGAA